CAGUCCUGGCUCCGCCUUGGUCAGUCACUCCUGACCUCAGUGGGUCGAUCUCCUUACCUGUAAAACGGAGUUAACACCUUCCGUGCGCACUUUGCAGUGUUGUUAUGCAACAGUUCUCAGCACCAAACCCAGCUACACAACCAUUAAGCCACCAAGCGCUACACCUGAUAGAUUAGAGGGAAAAAAACCCUCCAGUCCCUUCACGUCGUGACGCUUGCUUCCGGGAAGCGGGACGGAAGCCGGUCCUCGAUUCUGCGUCAAACCCGACUUCAGGGGCCGUCGUAAAAGUGUCGUCCCUGUCUCAACGACCGGCCACAGGUUUCCGCUUGCCUCUGGCCGGGAGGUCGGCAACUGUAGGCUUCGGUUUCCCUCAAGAUGGCGGACGAGGAGGCUGGAGGUGCGGAAAGGAUGGAAAUCUGCUCAGAGUUACCCCAGACCCCACAGCGUCUGGCAUCUUGGUGGGAUCAGCAAGUUGAUUUUUAUACUGCUUUCUUGCAUCAUUUGGCACAGCUGGUGCCAGAAAUUUACUUUGCUGAAAUGGACCCAGACUUGGAAAAACAGGAGGAAAGUGUACAAAUGUCAAUAUUCACUCCACUGGAAUGGUACUUAUUUGGAGAAGAUCCAGAUAUUUGCUUAGAGAAGUUGAAGCACAGUGGAGCAUUUCAGCUUUGUGGGAAGGUUUUCAAAAGUGGAGAGACAACCUAUUCUUGUAGGGAUUGUGCAAUUGAUCCAACAUGUGUACUCUGUAUGGACUGCUUCCAGAAUAGUGUUCACAAAAAUCAUCGUUACAAGAUGCAUACUUCUACUGGAGGAGGGUUCUGUGACUGUGGAGACAUAGAAGCUUGGAAAACUGGCCCUUUUUGUGUAAAUCAUGAACCUGGAAGAGCAGGUACUAUAAAAGAGAAUUCACGCUGUCCGUUGAAUGAAGAGGUAAUUGCACAAGCCAGGAAAAUAUUUCCUUCAGUGAUAAAAUACAUCGUAGAAAUGACUAUAUGGGAAGAAGAAAAAGAACUGCCUCCUGAACUCCAGAUAAGGAAGAAAAAUGAAAGAUACUAUUGUGUCCUUUUCAAUGAUGAACACCAUUCAUACGACCACGUCAUAUAUAGCCUACAAAGGGCUCUUGACUGUGAGCUCACAGAGGCCCAGUUGCAUACCACUGCCAUAGACAGAGAGGGUCGUCGGGCUGUUAAAGCAGGUGGUUAUGCUGCUUGCCAGGAAGCAAAGGAAGAUAUAAAGAGUCAUUCAGAAAAUGUCUCUCAACAUCCACUUCAUGUAGAAGUAUUACACUCAGAGAUUAUGGCUCAUCAGAAAUUUGCUUUGCGUCUUGGUUCCUGGAUGAACAAAAUUAUGAGCUAUUCAAGUGACUUUAGGCAGAUCUUUUGCCAAGCAUGCCUUAGAGAAGAACCUGGCUCAGAGAAUCCCUGUCUCAUAAGCAGGUUAAUGCUUUGGGAUGCAAAGCUUUAUAAAGGUGCCCGUAAGAUCAUUCAUGAAUUGAUCUUCAGCAGUUUUUUUAUGGAGAUGGAAUACAAAAAACUCUUUGCUAUGGAAUUUGUGAAGUAUUAUAAACAACUGCAGAAAGAAUAUAUCAGUGAUGAUCAUGACAGAAGUAUCUCUAUAACUGCACUUUCAGUUCAGAUGUUUACUGUUCCUACUCUGGCUCGACAUCUUAUUGAAGAGCAGAAUGUUAUCUCUGUCAUUACUGAAACUCUACUAGAAGUUUUACCUGAGUACUUGGACAGGAACAAUAAAUUCAACUUCCAGGGUUAUAGCCAGGACAAAUUGGGAAGAGUAUAUGCAGUAAUAUGUGACCUAAAGUAUAUCCUGAUCAGCAAACCCACGAUAUGGACAGAAAGAUUAAGGAUGCAGUUCCUUGAAGGUUUUCGAUCUUUUUUGAAGAUUCUUACCUGUAUGCAGGGAAUGGAAGAAAUCCGAAGACAGGUUGGGCAACACAUUGAAGUGGAUCCUGAUUGGGAGGCUGCCAUUGCUAUACAGAUGCAAUUAAAGAAUAUUUUACUCAUGUUCCAAGAGUGGUGUGCUUGUGAUGAAGAACUCUUACUUGUGGCUUAUAAAGAAUGUCACAAAGCUGUGAUGAGGUGCAGUACAAGUUUCAUGUCUAGUAGCAAGACAAUAGUACAAUUCUGUGGACAUAGUUUGGAAACGAAGUCCUACAGAGUAUCUGAGGAUCUUGUAAGCAUACAUCUGCCGCUUUCUAGGACUCUUGCUGGUCUUCAUGUACGUUUAAGCAGGCUGGGUGCCAUUUCAAGACUGCAUGAAUUUGUGUCUUUUGAGGACUUUCAAGUAGAGGUACUAGUGGAAUAUCCUUUACGUUGUCUGGUGUUGGUUGCCCAGGUUGUUGCUGAGAUGUGGCGAAGAAAUGGGCUGUCUCUUAUUAGCCAGGUGUUUUAUUACCAAGACGUUAAGUGCAGAGAAGAAAUGUACGAUAAAGAUAUCAUCAUGCUUCAGAUUGGUGCAUCUUUAAUGGAUCCCAAUAAGUUCUUGUUACUGGUACUUCAGAGGUAUGAACUUGCCGAGGCUUUUAACAAGACGGUAUCUACAAAAGACCAGGAUUUGAUUAAACAAUAUAAUACAUUAAUAGAAGAAAUGCUUCAGGUCCUCAUCUAUAUUGUGGGUGAGCGCUAUGUACCUGGAGUAGGAAAUGUGACCAAAGAAGAGGUCACAAUGAGAGAAAUUAUUCACUUGCUUUGCAUUGAACCUAUGCCACACAGCGCCAUUGCCAAAAAUUUGCCUGAGAAUGAAAAUAAUGAAACUGGCUUAGAGAAUGUCAUAAACAAAGUGGCUACAUUUAAGAAACCAGGUGUAUCAGGCCAUGGAGUUUAUGAAUUAAAAGAUGAAUCAUUGAAAGACUUCAAUAUGUACUUUUACCAUUACUCCAAAACCCAGCAUAGCAAGGCUGAACAUAUGCAGAAGAAAAGGAGAAAACAAGAAAACAAAGAUGAAGCAUUGCCACCACCACCACCUCCUGAAUUCUGCCCUGCUUUCAGCAAAGUGAUUAACCUUCUCAACUGUGAUAUCAUGAUGUACAUUCUCAGGACUGUAUUUGAGCGGGCAAUAGACACAGAUUCUAACUUGUGGACCGAAGGGAUGCUCCAAAUGGCUUUUCAUAUUCUGGCAUUGGGUUUACUAGAAGAGAAGCAACAGCUUCAAAAAGCUCCUGAAGAAGAAGUAACAUUUGACUUUUAUCAUAAGGCUUCAAGAUUGGGAAGUUCAGCCAUGAACAUACAUAUUCUUUUGGAAAAACUGAAAGGAAUUCCCCAGUUAGAAGGCCAGAAGGACAUGAUUACAUGGCUACUUCAGAUGUUUGACACAGUGAAGCGAUUAAGAGAAAAGUCUUGUUUAAUUGUAGCAACCACAUCAGGAUUGGAAUCUAUUAAGAAUGAUGAGGUACCAAAAGGGCCCCUGGACCGGUGUAUUUUGUACGGAGAACUGCGGCUCCGGGGUGCCGACAAAGCAGCCGCGCGGGGCAAAGCAGCGGCCCCGGCCGGCACAGCCGCGCUGGCCGAAACAGCCGUGCUGGCGACCUUACUUAAAAUAUACGAAAAUAUGAAGACAAGUGACCCAAAACAUGUGCCCUCAUUUCUGGUCGUUUCUUUUGGUAGCACCCUAGCAGUCAGUGACUACUCAAGAAUUGCUUUGGGUCCUAAACGGGGUCCAACUGUUACUGAAAAGGAGGUGCUGACGUGCAUCCUUUGCCAAGAAGAACAAGAGGUGAAAAUAGAAAAUAAUGCUAUGGUAUUGUCGGCCUGUGUCCAGAAAUCCACUGCCUUAACCCAGCACAGGGGAAAACCUAUAGAACUGUCAGGGGAAACCCUAGACCCACUUUUCAUGGAUCCAGACUUGGCAUAUGGAACUUACACAGGAAGCUGUGGUCAUGUAAUGCAUGCAGUGUGCUGGCAGAAGUAUUUUGAAGCUGUACAGCUGAGCUCUCAGCAGCGCAUUCAUGUUGACCUUUUUGACUUGGAAAGUGGAGAAUAUCUUUGCCCUCUUUGCAAAUCUCUGUGCAAUACGGUGAUCCCCAUUAUUCCUUUGCAACCUCAAAAGUUAAACAGUGAGAAUGCAGAUGUUCUUGCCCAACUUUUGACCCUGGCACAAUGGAUUCAGACUGUUCUGGCCAGAAUAUCAGGUUAUAAUAUAAGACAUGCUAAAGGAGAAAACCCAAUUCCUGUUUUCUUUAAUCAAGGAACGGGAGAUUCUGCUUUUGAAUUCCAUUCCAUCCUGAAUUUUGGAGUUCAGUCUUUGGUUAAAUAUUCUAAUAGCAUCAAGGACAUGGUUAUUCUCUUUGCCACAACAAUUUAUAGAAUUGGUUUGAAAGUGCCUCCUGAUGAAACGGAUCCUCGAGUUCCCAUGCUGACCUGGAGCACCUGUGCUUUCACUACCCAGGCAAUUGAAAACCUAUUGGGAGAUGAAGGAAAACCUCUGUUUGGAGCACUUCAAAAUAGGCAGCAUAAUGGUCUGAAAGCAUUAAUGCAGUUUGCAGUUGCACAGCGGAUUACCUGUCCUCAGGUCCUGAUACAAAAACAUCUGGUUCGUCUUCUAUCAGUUGUUCUUCCUAACCUAAAAUCAGAAGAUACACCAUGCCUUCUAUCUAUAGAUCUGUUUCACGUUUUGGUGGGUGCUGUGUUAGCAUUCCCAUCCUUGUAUUGGGAUGACACUGUUGAUCUGCAGCCUUCUUCAGUUAGUUCUUCCUAUAACCACCUUUAUCUCUUCCAUUUGAUCACCAUGGCACACAUGCUUCAGAUACUACUUACAAUAGACACAGGCCUACCCCUUGCUCAGGUUCAAGAAGACAGUGAAGAGGCUCGUUCUGCAUCUUCUUUCUUUGCAGAAAUUUCUCAAUAUACAAGUGGCUGCAUUGGGUGUAGUAUUCCUGGCUGGUAUUUGUGGGUCUCACUGAAGAAUGGCAUCACCCCUUAUCUUCGCUGUGCUGCAUUGUUUUUCCACUAUUUACUUGGGGUAACUCCACCUGAAGAACUUCAUACCAAUUCUGCAGAAGGAGAGUACAGUGCACUUUGUAGCUAUCUGUCUUUACCUACAAAUUUGUUCCUGCUCUUCCAGGAAUAUUGGGAUACUAUAAGGCCCUUGCUCCAGAGGUGGUGUACAGAUCCUGCCUUAAUAAACUGUUUGAAGCAAAAAAACGCCGUGGUCAGGUACCCUAGAAAAAGAAAUAGUUUGAUAGAACUUCCUGAUGACUAUAGCUGCCUCCUGAAUCAAGCUUCUCAUUUCAGGUGCCCACGGUCUUCAGAUGAUGAGCGAAAGCAUCCUGUCCUCUGUCUUUUCUGUGGGGCCAUACUAUGUUCUCAGAACAUUUGCUGCCAAGAAGUCGUGAAUGGGGAAGAGGUUGGAGCUUGCAUUUUUCACGCACUUCACUGUGGUGCCGGCGUCUGUAUUUUCCUAAAAAUCAGAGAAUGCAGAGUGGUCCUGGUUGAAGGUAAAGCCAGAGGCUGUGCCUAUCCAGCUCCUUACUUGGAUGAAUAUGGAGAAACAGACCCCGGCCUGAAGAGGGGCAAUCCCCUUCAUUUAUCUCGUGAGCGGUAUCGGAAGCUCCAUUUGGUAUGGCAACAACACUGCAUUAUAGAAGAGAUUGCUAGGAGCCAAGAGACUAAUCAGAUGUUAUUUGGAUUCAACUGGCAGUUACUGUAAGCUCCAACUCUGCCUCAAGAUAAUCACAAAUGAUGACAGUAAUAAAGACUGAUUGAAAAUUAUGGAAAACUUUUCUGAGGGCUGGGGAAGUAUUGAGGGUCUUUUGCUCCAUGUCCAGAUUCACUUACAUCAAUAAAAUACUCCUUAAUGGAGUAUUGCUUUCAAUUAGCAAACAUAUGCUUCAAGGGAAAAAAAGGACAUAGAUUAAUCUAUUUUGUGUUCUAGAAUGUGAAAGAAAUGCUUGUUCACCCCAAGGGUCUGAUUCUGCUAGUAUUUCCAGGAAAUUUAUUCCCCUUCAUAAUUUGUCUCAUUUCAUUUCAUCCACUUGGUAGAUGAAAUCACAUCAAACAAUUGUGGACGUUUUUAUAUGUUGGUUAACUUUUCUGCAAUUUUGGAUUUGGUAUUUUCCCCUCAGGUUCAGCUAACAUUGGAUCGCUGACAAGAUUCUAAUAAUCUGUGAUAGUCUUCCUUGCAAGACUAAGGAGAAUUGCAGAAACCAUACAAUAUACUUGAAUUGAGAAAGAUUCCAAAAAUAUAUUUUUUAUUAUUUCUCUUUUGAGGAAAUACCCUUAAUGUGCCACCUGCUGCUGUCACCACAAAUUAAACUAAAUCUCUAUAUGGACAGAGUAUGAUUUCUGCCAAUGUGGAUUUGUUAUUCAUUCCUGAUGGUAAAAAGAGCUUGCAGUUCUCACCUCUAACUACAAGUAGCUUUGUUGAGUUUUGAAAUACUACUUGACAUUUUCCAAAGGCAAAUCUCAUUCUACAAGGAGAUUGUGGCUCCAUCCUAUUUGACUCUAAGAAACCUCUUGUAAUUCUGAUGUAAACUAUUUGUAGAAUGAAGAUAAGAAAAUUCUCCCAAUAAGUGGAUCAUGACAACUGUAAUUUAGAACAGUCAGAUUUAAGCCAAUUCCAAAAUCCUCUACAUCUUUGUAAAAGACAAAUCCUUGAUGUUGUCUGUGUGCAACCUUUUCAUAAACUUUGGUUUUAUGACUAGUACGAACCACCAAAAAAAGCCAUGUGAUCAGUAAUCUGUGUCUUGGUACAACAUGCUGCAGUUGAGCUAUCUUGUUUAUAAAUAAUAGAGCUCUCCUGAAUCUGUGCAUAGACUUCUUGGUUCAUGGCUUUAGUUUUUUGUUUCAAGAAAUUGUGACAUAAAACAGCAGACAGAAGAUAAAUGGAAACCUUCCGUUUUAACUUGUGUUGUUUCUGGGGUAAUGUUAGAAGCUUGAAAGAUACAUUUAAACACUGUAUCUUAUUUUGCCCUUGAUUACUAGUGUCUUAUAUAUGUGUGUAAAUGUUUUCCUACCUUCUUUUUGCUCAGCAAAGACAAGCAAGUAAAAAUAUAUUUGCUAAGUGAUUAGUGAUGCACAUUUGGGGCUAUAUAUAUAUUUUUUUUUUGGUACUUUUAUGUAACAAAAAGUGGAUUUUGCAGUAAGGGAUUGGCAUGAGCAGGUGUCAGAAUCACAAUCAGAUUUCCUACUUGAAUAAUUAUAGUUCAGAAGGUAUCACGAUAGAUAGAUACAUCUCUAGUGAACAGUUUGUAACAAUAACAGGUAAGGAUCAGGAAAUUCAGUUAUUUGUCAGAUUUGCCAGAAUGAUUAAAUAAUUUGAACAUUUGUGUUUGUUUCUUAUGUAAUUUUAUUGAGUGGAUUGUUUGGGAAAUCUGGGCUGGAAUAGGAAACAGAAGAUACUGACUUCUGCCCUAAUUGAUUGGCCCCAUUUUAGCAAAGAUAAACUGACUUUAUUUUUAGUCUUUUUUAUAUUCACUUAAUAAAUUCUGGAGUUAAGCUCUCAAAGAGGUCAGAGGGACUAUCUGGCAAUAGCCAGCCAGACCUUUACUGCCAAAGAACCCAUUUCAUCUUGCUUUCUACUGAUUGAGAUUUUUCUGAUUUUUGCACUGUAGAUGAGCAUAUGUCUCAGUGCUGCCCCAAGCCCAAGGGAUUUCUCAUUAUGUUCAAAUGUCCUAUGAUUUACCUUAAUCAUUGCAAACAGUUAUGCUUAUGAAGUUUACUUACAAACAAGCAACUGAGUCACUUUAUUUCUUUAGCGUAGUAUGUGAAGGCACUGGUUCAACAGGAUGGCUCCAAAACUGUGUUUUUCUAAUGUUUGGUGAGGGGCUGGCAAGAAUUUUAAUGAUAUGGUGAAAAAUAUAUCUGUAUAAUUAAUUUAUUAUAUUGAUGUAUGGGCUGUGAGUUCACCUUUUAGUGGUCAUUUGUUGUUUCAUAACAACUAUGCAUUUUGGUUCACUGUGAUGAUGAUCUAUAUUUAGUGACUGCAACAUGUUUAUACCACUGAUUCAAAUUCCAUCCAUGAUGAAGUUAUACAAAUAAUGCAUAUAUUGAUAACUUUUAUUGCAAAAAUGUAAAUUUAAAACUUGUAUAAUGUUCUUGUGCUUUUUAAAAUAAAAUAUCUUAUAUGUGUAUAUUUAAAAAGAAAAAAAGGGACUUCUCAUGUUUGGGGAUUUGGGUUUGAAGUAUAAAAAUUCUAUGCCUAGGAGGGCUCUCUAGUUGGAAUCUUUGUCAGCCCAGGCAAAUGUUUUAAAAAAAGUAAGUGUUUAGUUUACAUGGGUCUCCAAACUUUUUAACCAUAUACUUCAUAGGUAGUUUUUAAGCAUACAUACCAAAUAAAUAUACAUGUACAUAUAUUUUA